AUGAGAAAUAAACAGUUAAUGCAUAAUGGCCUAAAAUGUUUACAAUGUUUAACAGAUAUAAAUGACUGCAGUCCACAUCCAUGUCUGAAUGGUGGAACAUGUAUUGAUCGUGUUGAUGACUAUACAUGUAACUGUAUUACUGGAUAUACAGGAAAACGCUGUGAAACAAAUAUAAAUGACUGCAGUCCAGAUCCAUGUCUGAAUGGUGGAACAUGUAUUGAUCGUGUUGAUGACUAUACAUGUAACUGUAUUACUGGAUAUACAGGAAAACGCUGUGGAACAAAUAUAGAUGACUGUGCUUCCAACCCUUGCCUUAAUGGAGGAUUAUGUACAGACGGAGUAAAUGAUUUUACUUGUGCUUGUAGAACUGGAUUCUCCUCUAAAAGAUGUAAUACGGCAGCACUAGGAGCAUCAUGUUCAGUUCAAGGUACAUCAUGUGAGGACACAAAUUCUGAGUGUGGUAGUGGAACAAAGUGUGUUUGUAAAAAUUCACAUUAUGAUAAUGACGGCACAAACAACAUUGGUGGGACAUGCAUGCCAAAGGUAGUCGUUGGUGGAAUAUGUCUCAGUCCAACUACAACAUGUGCUGACAGCGUAGCUACAUGUGAACCUGUUGGUGGUAAUUACAGAUGCUUAUGUCCAAGUACACACUAUGACAAUAAUGGAGUCAGCGUUUAUGGUGGAAACUGUGAGAGAAAGAAAAGGCUUGGAGAAGUAUGUCCUCUUACUAGUUCAAUAGGAGAAAGAGUUACUUGUGUUGACUCCAAUGCUAGAUGUCUUUACAGCGGAGGAUCUUAUAAAUGUCGGUGUGCAGAUACUCACUAUGACAGUGAUGGUACAAGUACUAUUGGUGGAACUUGUGUAUCAA